AUAGAGUCAUUUGGCUUCAGUUAUAGACAACCCAACUAUCUAAAGCUCUUGCAAUACACAAGUACCCAGUGUUGAGAUAUUACAUGGCCGGGACGUUCAGUAAGCUUUUGGAAGGGCUGAAACCAGUCAUGGUAAUGGUGAUAAUUCAGAUCGCAUUUGGUGGAAUAAAUAUUUUCUAUAAAUUGGCUACGAAUGAUGGCAUGAGCGUGAAGAUUAUGGUCGCCUAUCGAAUGAUGUUUGCUGCCGCUUCAAUGGUUCCCCUUGCUCUAAUAUUAGAAUGGAAGAGUAGACCGAAAUUGACAAGAAGGAUUUUCAUUCUAAGUUUCUUCUUAGGCAUAUUUGGAGGAUCAUUAAGCCACAAUUUAUAUGCUGAGAGUUUGGCUUUAACAUCUGCAACAUUUGUAGCAGCAAUGACUAAUCUUAUUCCUGCUAUGACAUUUGUUAUGGCUAUUAUCUUAAGGAUGGAGAGUUUGGCAAUUAGAACAAAUGUAGGAAAAGCUAAGGUGUUGGGCACGAUAUUAAGCAUAGGUGGUGCAAUGAUUCUCACAUUUUACAAAGGAGUAGAGAUGAAUAUAUGGUCAACAAACAUCAACUUGCUACAUCAUCAUCAUCAUGACAUGACAGUUUCACAGCAGUCGUCUUCUGGCAAUCAAGCAUUGGGCGGAUUUUUAGGUGUUGCCAGUGCUGUGUCUAUGGCAAUCUGGAUGAUACUUCAGGCUAAGUUGAGUAUGGUAUAUCCAUCUUACUCUGCUACUGCUCUUAUGUCCAUUUGUGCGUCCAUCCAAUCAGUUGUAUAUGCCCUUUGCACUGAAAGGGAUUGGUCUGCAUGGAAGCUUGGUUGGAAUAUCAGACUUGUCACUGUUGUUUAUACUGGAGUGGUAGGCUCUGGGUUGAUGGUUGCACUAAUGACCUGGGUUGCACGCAGAAGGGGAGCAUUGUUUAUAUCUUCUUUUUACCCAUUAUUGCUUGUUGUAGUCGCCAUUGCUGGCUCACUGAUGCUAGAGGAGAAGCUACAUGUGGGAAGCAUGUUAGGAGCUGUGUUUAUCAUCCUGGGCUUAUACAGCGUGCUAUGGGGAAAAAGCAAGGAGAUGAUGACAACGACCCAACUCAAUGCAUUUAAAAGCUCUAAAGAAUCAGAAUCCAGAGAUAUUGCUGCUGUAGAACCUUAAUUUGGUGAUCCUAGGCCGCUACCUUUAUUUUUUCAGCCAAUAGGAUAGCCAAGGAGCUGGUGCAUGUGCUGUCUACAACUAUCAUGGUACAUAGACAGUGUUAUAUUGAUAUGUUUAGCACAAUAUGUAGAUAAAGCAACCAGACUGGAUGCAAUAGCUAGAUUUUGUGUCACAGAAAUUAAGAUAAUA